CCUUCCCCGGCGGGGCCCAGCCCUGCCCUGCCCAACUCCGGAUCUCUGAACUGGCCCUUCACCGGAUCUCGCCCGCCACACCCGGACGGGUGGCCGGAGGAGAUCGGACCCUCCCCAAAAUCUGGGCUCCCUUUCUCCCCCAACUACGGUCCUGAUCUCUCUUUCCCUCCCACCGCCACUCGCCCCACCCCCCUUUUCUCCCGCACCUAAGGCGGACGCCUGAAACUGGGAAACAGAACCGGCGGGAGCCACCAGACAGAGCCGGGCUUAGCCCAGAAACAUGGACAGUUGCUACGGCCCAGGUCUAGAUGGCAUUAUUGAAUAUGAUGAUCUCAAAUUCAACCCAUCCAUUGUGGAGCCCAAGGAGCUAGCUCCAGAUACAGCUGAUGGCCCUUAUCUGGUGAUCGUGGAACAACCUAAGCAGAGAGGAUUCCGAUUUCGAUAUGGCUGUGAAGGUCCCUCCCAUGGGGGACUACCAGGUGCCUCCAGUGAGAAGGGACGGAAGACCUAUCCCACUGUCAAGAUCUGUAACUACGAGGGACCAGCCAAGAUUGAAGUAGACCUGGUAACACACAGUGAUCCACCUCGUGCUCACGCUCACAGUCUGGUGGGCAAACAGUGCUCGGAGCUGGGGGUCUGCGCCGUGUCUGUGGGGCCCAAGGACAUGACAGCCCAAUUUAACAACCUGGGUGUCCUGCAUGUGACCAAGAAGAAUAUGAUGGAGAUUAUGAUACAAAAGCUUCAGAGGCAGCGACUGCGCUCCAGGCCCCAGGGCCUUACAGAGGCUGAGCGGCGGGAGCUAGAACAGGAGGCCAAAGAACUGAAGAAGGUGAUGGAUCUAAGCAUCGUGCGGCUGCGCUUUUCUGCCUUCCUCCGAGCCAGUGACGGUUCCUUCUCCUUGCCCCUGAAGCCAGUUAUCUCCCAGCCCAUUCACGACAGCAAGUCUCCUGGGGCCUCGAACUUGAAGAUUUCUCGAAUGGAUAAGACAGCUGGCUCUGUGCAGGGUGGAGAUGAGGUGUAUCUACUUUGUGACAAGGUGCAGAAAGAUGACAUCGAAGUCCGGUUCUAUGAAGAUGAUGAGAAUGGAUGGCAGGCCUUUGGGGACUUCUCUCCCACAGAUGUUCAUAAGCAGUACGCCAUUGUGUUUCGGACACCUCCCUAUCACAAGAUGAAGAUUGAACGUCCUGUCACCGUGUUCUUGCAGCUGAAACGCAAGCGUGGGGGCGAUGUCUCUGACUCCAAACAGUUCACCUAUUACCCUCUGGUGGAAGACAAAGAGGAGGUUCAGCGGAAGAGGAGGAAAGCCUUACCCACCUUCUCCCAACCCUUCGGGGGUGGCUCCCACAUGGGUGGAGGCUCUGGGGGCUCUGCUGGAGGUUAUGGAGGAGCAGGAGGAGGAGGUGGCAGCCUCGGCUAUUUCGCCUCCUCCUUGGCCUACAGCCAUUACCCGUCUGGUGGGGCCCCAAUGGGCUGCUACCCGGGAGGCGGGGGCGGGGCGCAGAUGGCCGCUGCAUUGCCCAGCAGGGAUACUGGGGAGGAAACUGCACAACCCAGCACGCCCUCAGUGAACUCCCAGAGCUCACCGCAGGCUCCGGAGCAGCUGCAGCGAGCCCAGGAAUACAACAAGCGCCUGUUCGGCCUGGCACAGCGCAGCGCGCGAGCCUUGCUCGACUACGGCGUCACGGCGGACGCGCGAUCGCUGCUGGCGGGGCAGCGCCACCUGCUGACUGCACAGGACGAGAAUGGAGACACGCCCCUGCACCUGGCCAUCAUCCAUGGGCAGACUAAAGUCAUCGAGCAGAUAGCCCACGUGAUCUGCCAUGCCCCGCACCUCGGCGUUGUCAACCUCACCAACCACCUGCACCAGACGCCUCUGCACCUGGCGGUGAUUACUGGGCAGACAAGCGUGGUGAGCUUCCUGCUGCAGGUAGGUGCGGAUCCUACACUGCUGGAUCGGCAUGGAGACUCAGCAGUGCACCUGGCACUACGGGCAGGUGCCAGUGCCCCCAUCCUGCUGCGCACCCUGCUGUGGAGUGGGGUUCCUGCCAUGCCCCAGCUGCUACACAUGUCAGAUUUCGAGGGGUUGUACCCAGUCCACCUGGCAGUCCGUGCCCGAAGCCCUGAAUGCUUGGAUCUACUAGUGGACAAAGGGGCUGAAGUGGAGGCUGCAGAGCGGCAAGGGGGCCGAACAGCCCUGCAUUUAGCCACAGAGAUGGAGGAGCUGGGGCUUGUCACCCAUCUGGUCACCAAGCUCCAUGCCAAUGUGAAUGCCCGUACCUUUGCGGGAAACACACCCCUACAUCUGGCAGCUGGACUGGGAUCUCCGACACUCACCCGCCUUCUACUGAAAGCUGGUGCAGACAUCCAUGCAGAGAACGAGGAGCCCCUGUGCCCACUGCCUUCGCCCCCCACCUCUGAUAGCGACUCAGAUUCUGAAGUGCCUGAGAGGGACACCCCAAGCAGCUUCCGGGGCCACACACCUCUUGACCUAACUCGGAGUACCAAGGUGAAGACCUUGCUGCUAAAUGCUGCUCAGGACACCAUGGCACCCCCCCUGACCCCACCCAUACCUGCUGGGCCAGAGCUGCCGCUCGAGGACACAGUCCUGCACAACCUGGAGCAUCUGCUGGAUGGGCCAGGAGCCCAGGGCAGCUGGUCGGAGCUGGCAGAGCGGCUGGGGCUGCGCAGUCUGGUUGACACAUAUCGAAAGACGGCCUCGCCUAGUGGCAGUCUCCUGCGCAGUUACAAGCUGGCCGGUGGGGACAUGGCAGGCCUGUUGGAUGCCCUGUCUGACAUGGGCCUAGAGGAAGGAGUGAGGCUGCUCAGGGGUCCUGAGGCCCGAGACAAGCUGCCCAGCACAGCAGAGGUGAAGGAGGACAGUGCAUACGGGAGCCAGUCGGUGGAGCAGGAGACAGAAAAACUGGGCCCACCCCCUGAGCCACCAGGAGGGCUCUGCCACGGGCACCCCCAGCCUCAGGUGCACUGACCUGCCACCUCCCCUUCAGCCCCAUUCCUGGGCCCCUCUGUACAGCAUCCUGCCUGUUCCAGUUAUUUAACACCCUAGGUCCACGCCUCAGUUGGGUCAAAUAAAGGAUUCUCAUGGGAAAGGUGAGGGCCUGGCCCCCUCCCCAACUUGUG